CAGGCUAGCGCCGUCGUUUAAAUGCAGCCAGGCUAGCCAGCUACAUCCACGACAUUUUUAAGAAGAUGCCCCGUGUUUUAACUUUUUAAGCCAUUUUCCCUCCAGCGCUUUUAAGCCUGAGGACACUGUUAUGGUUUCGGAGAAUGGAAACAGACGACGUGUCGGUUAGAGAGCAACUUUUCCACAACCGUGUCCGGGAGACUAUAAUCUGUGUACUCCUGUUUACAUGCCUUUACAUGGUGUCCUACCUCAUACUUACUCACUUCAAGAAGACGGCAGAGUUUGUCACAGAUGAUAUUGAGGAUGCCACCGUCAACAAAAUUGCGCUGUGGUUGUGUACAUUCACUCUGUCCGUUGCAGUGUGUGCUGUGCUCCUUCUCCCCAUCUCCAUUCUGUCCAAUGAAGUGCUGCUCACCUUCCCACAGAGCUACUACAUGCAGUGGCUCAAUGGAUCUCUUAUCCACGGCUUGUGGAACCUAGUCUUCCUUUUCUCCAAUUUGUCCCUGGUCUUCCUCAUGCCCUUUGCCUACUUCUUCACGGAGUCUGAGGGAUUUGCAGGGUCCAAAAAGGGGGUUAUGGCCAGAGUGUAUGAAGCUGUUGUGCUGCUAUUGCUGCUGGCUCUGCUUGUGCUGGGCAUGGUGUGGGUGGCAUCAGCACUCCUACAUGACAACAUAGCCAGGAAGAGCCUCUACGACCUGUGGGAGUAUUACCUUCCCUACCUGUACUCGGGCAUCUCUCUGGUGGGAGUGUUGCUGCUUUUGUUGUGCACUCCUUUUGGUUUGUCCCGAAUGUUCAGUGUAACUGGCAGCCUGUUGGUCAAACCACGACUGUUGGAAGAUGUAGAAGAUACUUUGAGCUGCACCACAUUUGAAGAAGACUCGCUCUCCAGGAAACUGAACUAUGGCAGUACGUCAUGCUGGGUCAAGCUGAAAAUGGAGGUGAUGAAAAAGGAGUACCAAACAGUCCAGAGCAAGCGCAUCGCCCUAGAAAUGCGUAGGAAAGCGUCCCCAUGGCAGCGGAACUUGGGCUAUCCACUGGCCAUGCUUGUGCUCCUCGCACUGACUGUGGUGUGUGUACUCAUGGUCUGUUUCAAUGUGUUGGAGUUGCUUCUGGAUGAGACGGCUAUGCCCAGAGGAAUGGAGGACCCUCACCUGGGAAUGGCCUCCUUCUCCAUGUUCGGCUCACUGGGCGCUGCUGUUCAAGUAGUCCUUAUCCUCUAUCUGAUGGUAUCCUCAGUGGUGGGUUUCUAUAGCUCUCCUCUCUUCACUGGCCUCCUGCCUCGUGCACAGGACACCAACCUCACACAGAUAAUUGCAAACUGCGUUUCACUGCUCAUCCUGAGCUCAGCACUGCCGGUGUUUUCACGCACACUUGGGAUCACCCGCUUCGAUCUACUGGGAGACUUUGGUCGCUAUAACUGGCUUGGGAACUUCUACAUUGUCUUCCUGUACAACAUGCUGUUUGCUGGUCUCACUUCUGCCUCGCUGAUCAAGACAGUCACCUGGGCAGUACAGAGAGAGCUUAUCCGUGCCUUUGGUCUCCAUAGACUGCCUUUAACUGUGUCGCGCUCUACCGUCCCUUUCAGACUCCUCUUGGCCAGUGGACUUUCGAAAAUCCAGUGACUUUUUCUUGCCUUUCCUAACCUUUAGAAACUGAGCCAAUUCAAAUGUUGCACCUAUUGGACUAAAGACAUUUGCAAUUCAGUCCCUUUGCCGGUGGGUACAUGGGUUGGGUGACCAGUCUGUUUGCUGCGCAGUGGGAGCUCUGCUUGUGUUUACUGACCAAUAUAUCAGGGUUCAAUUUUGACUGCAAGGACAAGUGUUAGUACAAGCUGUUAGCUGAGUCAUGGUUACAACUGGAACAAGGGCAAAACGGAUUUAAGCCAUGUUAGCAACCCUGCCAUAGUGGACAGUAACCCCCCCCAAACCUGGUGCCUGACAAAAAGAGGAUCAUGUGGAUUACCGUUGCUCUGACACAUGUGAAAGUCAGCAGAAUUAUUUUGAAAUAUUACAUUGUAACUGUGACAUAAUUUCCUCUUCCUGCUCUAGGUCAACUGAGUGCUCUCUUUCUCCUUGGUUUCCCCACGCUUUCCCUUCUUAGGUUGUACCACUAUUUUAAGAUUGGGAAUCUUACUUCCAUGUGUUUGGUGGCCCAGGCUGCACCAGUGUUAUGUUAAUGAGAGGAAGUUAUUAUUGGGAGCAAAUGGGACAUGGAGUACCUUGACUAUCUAAGGAUCCGCAGGUUACUCAGGGAAUCUGAGACUGAGGUAAUAGUCUCAGUGUUGGAGCUCUUUUACAACCCCAGUUUACUAGUAGAACAUUAAGUAAGAACAUUAUCUGUGGCGAUUUACCAAGAACAAGGAAUAUUUAUUUAUUUUUUUUCUCUUGUACGUGACCGUAAGCUAACAGUCUGACUACUCCUAUUGAUUUACAAAAAUACACUAAAAAGAAAGCUUUACACUGUCUUAUGCAAGACUUUUGAAUGCCAAUGUGACACUCACUUGGAACUUCUGCCUUUGACCAAUCAAACUGUGAAUUAAGAAUUUGUGUGGCGAAGUGCAAUAUUGUAUAAAUAAAAGUACACUUUUUUAAAAAUUUUACCAAAAGUAAUUUGUAAAUUUUCUGUUAAUUUUCUGUGAAGUAUUCCCCCCCCCCCCCCCAAAAAAAUCAUCUUUGACAUUAAGUGAAUGCUUAGAGUAGUUUCAGAAUGUUUUUAUAAGAAGCAAAUGCAAUAUUUUCCAAUGUCAGUUUUUGUAUUUUGAUAACCUAGAUUCAAUUACGUUCAUCAGCUGUGUGAUAUAAUCCUCAAUGUGUUGGUGACAGUUUGCCUUCUCUGCUGUAUCAGCAGAUUAUUAGUUGUUGGUUUGACCAGCAGGGGACAGUAUCUCUCAAACCAGACACCAGCCACUGUGUUGCGUGUGAAUCUGUCUGUCUUUUUGGUAUUAUAUAUGGAGCACUCUUGAGGUUUACUCAUCUCACUUUAUAUGGGAAUUUUCACUUGUCUUUUUGGGAACAUAACAUUUAUAAUAUUUAUGGGCAGUUUGGGAUCUAUAUUUCACACGUUGACUGAGGAUUUUGACAGUUAACAAUGAUGAAUGUGAGACAAAAAAACAUUGAGUUCUCAAAGAUGACAAAUAUUGUUUACUUUUGAAAUGCUUGAAUGUUUCAGAUUUUUCUGAACUGAAUUUUAACCAUUGUUUUAUGAGCAGUAAGCAAUAAAAAUCGCUCAUGGGUUUUUAA